AUGAAAAUUUUAAAGGGUUAUGUGAAGAACCCUCAUCGACCGGAGGCGUCUAUUGUUGAAAGAUAUGUUGCAGAAGAAGCGGUUGAAUUUUGUACUGAGUAUCUAUCACGGGCUAAAUCAGUUGGUCUUCCAAAGUCUCGCCAUGUAGGUAGAUCUCCUGGAAAAGGGACACUUGGGGGACGAAUGAAGAGUGUUGAUCGUGAAGAGUUGUUACAGGCACAUCUAUAUAUUCUAACCAAUACUCCUGAAGUUCAACCUUAUUUGGAUACGCAUAGGAGACUCAUAAAGGAGAAAAAUCCUCGAAAAGCAGAACGAUGGUUAGUGAACGAGCAUAACAAGACCUUCAUAUCGUGGUUUAAGAAUGAAGUUGCUAAUUGCCCAUCCGCUUCAAAUACAGUCUCCUGGUUAGCGGCUGGACCUAAUUUUGAUAUCAUAUCUUGGCGUGGUUACGACAUAAAUGGGUAUUCAUUCUACACGAAAGAACGAGAUGAAAAGAGCACUAUGCAAAAUAGUGGGGUUUCAGUUGAAGCGGAAUCAAUGCAUUUCUCAAGUGCAAAAGACAAAAACCCGUUAUGUGCCUCUAGCUCUUAUUUUGGGAUUAUUGAAGAGAUAUGGGAGCUUAACUACGUUAAGUUUACUGUGCCUGUUUUCAAAUGUAAAUGGGUGGAUAGUAAUAAUGGUGUGAAAGUUGAUGAGUUAGGAUUUACUUUAGUCGAUUUUCGUAAAGUUGGAUACAAGAAUGAACCAUUUAUCAUGGCAAGUCAAGCAAAGCAAGUGUUUUAUGUCAUUGACCCGAGCAACGAAAAUUGUUCAGUUGUCCUCCAUGGGAAAAGACAAGUAUCAGAUGAUGAUAAGAAUGACUUGACUAUUGAUGUUUCUGAAUUUCCUUCCACCAGAUCAAGGAUAACUGUUGAAAAUGAAGAAGUUGAACGUGAUGAUAGCCUGUUCGGGGAAAAGCGAACGCGAUUGGUAUUCCUGAGUACGACACUCGUGAACGAUCUCAAAUUCAGCCAGGUUAUCGACUCCGAGAACAACGCCAAGGAUACUAACGAGAAAUUCCUGAAGGAGCGAGAAGACCAUCAGAAGACCUGGCAGGACCGUGCUGAGAAGGAGACUGAGUUGAUCCGACUGAAGGAAUUGCACGCGUCGGAGGUUUCCAGGCUCGAGAAAGAGAAAACUGAUUUUGGGACCCUCAUGCAUAACCGAGGUGUCGAGGCAGGUAAGGAGCUCGGGAAGGAGGAGUUCGAGAAUUCUGAGGAGAUGGAACGCGACAUCGAGAUGAACACCUGCCUGAACCUCUGA